AUGGAGGAACAGCAGCAGCAGCAACAGCCAUCAUCGCGCAUCAAAACGGCCUCGCGCCGGCUGACCAAGAGAAGCGCGCCUCCGAUUGCGUAUAAUAACACAAAGUACAAGUCGUCGACGCUGAAGCGAGCGCCUUCCGCAGCGAGCUACUUUGCACCCAAUCAAGCUGCCCCCACGCCGGUGACCUCCUCACUUCAACGUUCGCCAUCGUCCUCGCAUGCACACACGCCUAUCCAUGACGAGCUGCGUUCGACCGCCUAUGUGAAUUAUCCGUCUGCGCCCGCGCAGCACCAGCAGCACCAGCAGCACCAGUACCUCCACCCGCCGCCGCAGCUGCAACAAUCACAACAGCACCAACAGCAACAGCAACAACAGCACCAGCACCAGCACCAGCACCAGCACCAGCACCAGCACCAACACCAACAGCUCCACCACCACCAGCAACAAUCACAGCAGCCACCACCACCGCCGCCGCCGCUGCCACCCUCCUCGGUUGCGCAGCACCUGCCCCCCGCGGCCGUUGGCGUGCCCUUCAAUGCCAUUGUCGAGGAAGCGCUCCACGCCUCUCACCUUCCAGACGCCCGCCGCCCCGCCGGCCCACAACACGCCCACACAGCCGACCACGUCGCCAGGAAGAAAUCUCCCAACCUGCGCCAGUCUGCCUCGUUCAAUUCACUCGCCCGCAAAAUGGACACCCCGCCCUCUGGCUCCAAGAGUCCGCGCAACCGCUACAGCGACGAUGGCGAAAUGGCAAAGAAGCGGCGCUCCGACGGCGGCAAGAAGAAGGGCGCCUUUGCCAGCUUCGUCAACAGCAUGCUGGGCUCCCCGCGCCGCCCAACCAUCUCGACGCCCACCAACCCCAUGCACGUCACCCACGUCAGCAUUGACAACGAGACGGGCGAGUACACGGGUCUUCCAAAAGAGUGGCAGCGCAUGCUACAGCAAAAUGGCAUCACCGAGCAGGAGCAGAAGCAGUAUCCACAGGCUGCCGUAGAUGUCGUCAACUUCUACAAGGACAAUGCCGAAAAGAACGAAGACGAUGCCAUCUGGGACAAGAUGGGUCCAGCCAACCCUCAAGGCUACGCAUACCAAGCCAACCUCGCACCCACCUACAACAACGUACAACCCCUCAGUCCACCACAGAGCCCUCGAUUUCCGCGGAAUGGCGAGGAUAGCUUCGAGAACCCACGUGCACCGCCACCCAUUCCACGAAGUGUCACCUCGCCCACCGUCCCCCAGUCGCCUCAGGUCAAUGCCAACCUCGUUCCCAGCCGGCCAGCACCCCGUCCCCCAGGUGCCGGACCGGGCUCUACCAAUACCAUUCCUUCACGACCCGCUCCACCCGCUCCAAGCCCAAUCAUCACCCAGCAGCAGCCAACACCACGUCAUGAAAAUGAGUACCCGCAGUAUGCACACACACCCUCUACGACGACGGAUAGCCCCAAUGGAUCAAUGCCAACCACGCGAGGUCGGGCAAACACGACGGGCGGUACACCUCCGCGGUUCGAUUCGCCUGCCAGCGCCACCGCAAUCUCGCCUGCCCAGCAAUACCACCAGCAACAACAGCAGGCCAUGGCCGCCGCUGCUCAGCAACAGUCAAAGGCCUCGCUUGGUAGGAGCGUCAGCCAGAGAGCCCCCGCGCCCGUUCACCAUCACGCCCCGACACCUGUGCCCACGCAACCCUCACCGCAGCAAGUGUUUGCACAGCAGACGGAUCCGCAAAACAUCCCCUUGCCAUCACAGCAGGCUCGUGUAGGUCCGGCGCCUCGGCCACGUCAACGGCCCCGUCAGAGCCAAGGUCCAGAUAUUGUCGCCAAGCUCAACGCCAUAUGUACCAAUGCCGACCCAACCCUCAGGUACCGCCAGCUGAACAAGAUUGGUCAGGGCGCAUCUGGAGGCGUCUUCACAGCGUACGAAGUGGGCACGAACAAGUGUGUUGCGAUCAAGCAGAUGAAUCUCGAGCAGCAGCCCAAGAAAGACCUCAUUAUAAACGAGAUUCUAGUGAUGAAGGACAGCAAGCAUAAGAACAUUGUCAAUUUCAUGGACAGCUUCCUUGUCAGAGGCGAUCUCUGGGUAGUAAUGGAAUAUAUGGAGGGAGGUAGCUUGACGGAUGUCGUCACAUUCAACAUGAUGUCAGAGGGUCAAAUAGCUGCUGUUUGUCGAGAGACUCUACAUGGCCUGCAGCAUCUCCAUUCCAAGGGCGUGAUUCAUCGAGACAUCAAAUCAGACAACAUUUUGCUGUCCCUCGAGGGCAAUAUCAAGCUGACCGACUUUGGAUUCUGCGCACAGAUCAACGAGAACCACAACAAGCGUACGACCAUGGUCGGUACACCCUACUGGAUGGCGCCCGAAGUCGUGACCCGCAAAGAGUACGGUCGAAAGGUUGAUAUCUGGUCUUUGGGUAUCAUGGCGAUUGAAAUGAUCGAAGGCGAGCCCCCUUACCUCAACGAGAGCCCUCUUCGAGCCCUCUGGUUGAUCGCAACCAAUGGCACACCUACCAUCAAGGAAGAGCACACUCUGUCGCCAGUGUUUCGCGACUUCCUCGGAUUCUCGCUCAAGGUCGACCCAGACAAACGAGCCAGUGCUCACGAUCUGCUCGUCCACCCCUUCAUCCAGACUGCUGAGCCGCUCAACACUCUCGCGCCAUUGGUGCAAGCAGCUAGAAAAGCUCGUGCAGAGGAGAGAAGAAAGAAGGGUGGUCUGUAG